AUGGAUUCGCAAGAAGACGAUCUAGCCGCGCAAUUCGAUAAAGCUUCGGAGUACGUUAUGAAUCAUCACGAAACUUUAGAUCAAGAUACUCUACUCGAUAUGUACGGUUACUAUAAACGAGCCACCGUUGGCCCUUGCAACACCCCUAAACCGUCUUGGUUCGAUUUCUCUUCUAAAGUUAAAUGGAAAUCUUGGAAUAACUGUAGCCAUUUAUCUAAACCGGAAGCCAUGAGAAAAUACCUCGAAUGCCUCGAUAACGUUACUAAAGACUGGAGAUCCGAUUCCAAUACCCCUAUUAACGGUAUAUUUGUCAGCUCGAUGUGUACUACCGAUCAAGUACUGCUAGAAGAUCAAAAAACCGUAUUCGAUUGGAUCAAAGAAGGCGAUCUGGAUAAAUUGAAAAGCAAACAGUUCGAUCCGAAUUGCAAAGACGACGAGGGUCUCGCUCUACUGCAUUGGGCUGCUGAUCGAGGUGAUUUGCAAAUCGUUCGAUACUUGGUCGAGGUGAAAAAAGCUAACCUCAACUGUUUAGAUAGCGAAGGACAAACACCGUUACAUUACGCUGCUGCCUGUGGAUAUCCUGACGUAGUCCAGUGUCUUAUCGAUGCCGGCGCCGAUUCGAAAUUAACCGAUAAUGAUAACAAUACGCCCAAGGACGUCGCCGAAAACGAUAGCGUCGCUGCCUUAUUUUCUUAAUAUUUUGUAAUUAUUAUUAUUGUUAGCUCGUAGCAUUGUUCGUGGCGAAUAUAGGUUUAUUUCUUUAA